AUGGCGUCGAGUCCCAGGAGAACAGUCGUGUGCUCGGUGCUGCCACUGCUGCUGCUGCUUGCCGGCGCGGCCCGCGCGGCGGGUAACUUCUACCAGGACGUGGACAUCACGUGGGGCGACGGGCGCGGCAAGAUCGUCGGCGGCGGCGACGUCCUGACGCUGUCCCUCGACAGGGCCUCCGGCUCCGGGUUCCAGUCCAAGAACCAGUACCUGUACGGCCGCUUCGACAUGCAGAUGAAGCUCGUCCCCGGCGACUCCGCCGGCACCGUCGCCACUUUCUACGUACAUGCCGACGGCAUCAUCAGUCUCUCUCUUCUACCUCUUCUCCUCGACGCAGGACAAGGAGAUCUCAUGCAUGCACGCAGGUUCUACGUGGACGGGACGCCGAUCCGGGAGCACCGGAACCGGGAGGCGGCGACGGGGGUGGCGUACCCGCGGAGCCAGGCGAUGCGGGUGUACGCCAGCGUGUGGGACGCGGAGGAGUGGGCGACGCAGGGCGGGCGGGUGAGGACGGACUGGUCGCGGGCGCCCUUCGUGGCGUCGUACAAGGGCUUCGCCGCGAGCGGGUGCGCGUCGCAGGACGCGGCGGCGUGCGCCAGGUCCAACGGCGCGUGGAUGUACCAGGAGCUGGACGCCACCGCGCUGGACCGACUCCAGUGGGUGCAGAAGAACUACAUGAUCUACAACUACUGCACGGACACCUCGAGGUUCAAGGACGGCGCUCCGCCCGAGUGCGCCACCAAGUAG